UAUAGAUCGCUUAUACAUGUGGUAUAAUAUGCACUUGUGCACCGAAUUCGUAACGAAGUAGAAAUAGAUUUUUUUUGGGUGAGAUUUUUAGUUUCUUGUUAAGUCCAGAACCGACACAAUUCACGAGUACUGCUAUUAUAUGCCGUCAACGGUUAUUACCAAAACUGACGCAGUACACGGCCGUAACGUCACGUCGCAACAACUAUAUAUUAAUAUAUAAUACGUUUAUAUAGCACGUUCGUAUGAUUUAAGAAGAUUGUGGCGAUGAUCACUGCCGCCGUCGUAGGAUUUACCAUCGGCUUAUUAUUGAAGACUACGGUCGUAGCUCAACAGAAUGUCUCAUUUUUGAACGGACUUCCAGAAAACUUCACGUCGGACGGCGCCAUCGACGUACAGUACACGUCGUGCAAAGUCAUCACCGACCGUAUUGUGGCAACCGCCGAGGGAAAGUUUUCGCGGUUUUGUCACGGCAUUUGCAACAUAAACGAGACGAACGCGAGACUGCACCGCAUCGAAUCGUUAUUAACAGCAGAUGCGGAAAACAUAAAACAACGAUUAUUUCAUAUGGAACGCAUUUUGUUGAGUGGACAAAUCAUAAGCAAAACCAGUGCCGGUGCCGCGGUGGACACCGACAGACUUCGGGAGAUCGGUACGUACAACGGUACAGUGUCUACCGUCGAGGACGGCUCCGUAGCCGGUAGUGGCCGUCCACGGGGCCUGACCACCGCGUUCGUGUACUAUUGGCGCGUGGACGCGUUCUGGCGGCUGUCGUUCGGCGCGGACGGCCUGGCCCGCAGCCCGCCGUUUUACGUGUCACCCCGCAGCUACCGGAUUUCGCUGUCCGUCCAUUCGGACUUGACAGCCCGCACCGUCCGCGUGGCCGCCGAGCCGGUCGCCGGUGAGUACGACGCGCAGCUCAGGUGGCCGUUCGCGCACCGGCUCCGGCUCAGCGUGCUCGAUCAGACGGACGUCGGCCCGGAGGACAUCGUGUCCCGGAUCUGGGACGACGUCCGGUGCACCGCCGCCGAGCCGCCGACGCCGCCGCCACAUCAGAACCCGUCGCAGAACCGCGGCCAUAGACAGCCCGUCGCCGCCGAAGCCGUCUGCGCCUCCAUGGAGUUCCGACACGACGUGCUGACGUACAGGCGAUACGCGGCCGGCGACUCGAUCGUCGUCAAGCUCACGGUGUUCAUGCAACAGUAAUCGCGUCGUGGACGUCCAAUCCGCGAGAUUUAUGUUUUGUUUUUCAUUGCUGAAUUUUUCCGUUAUUAUUAUUUUCGAUUCACGCGACAGUUCGACCCGACCGAGAAUUUUUCCGGAAAUUGGUAGAUUAUAAAUUUAAACCCUACGUAGUUAUAUAAUAAUGUUACCCUGUUUAUAAAGCGCAUUGACUUAAUUCUAAAGAUUAAACCGAGGGUUAGCUAAAUAUCGUACAUUUUUUGUUUAAAGUUAGCCCAUAAAGAAAAUAAUGUGUAUAAUACCUGCAUGUUUUAUGUUGUGGUUAUUUUUUAACGACUUUUCAAAAUAUGCUGUGGUCGGGAAUGUGUUAAUUCAUACAUAAAACUAAAUCUUGAAUUUUUUAAUCUAUAACUCAAUCUAUGAUGUGUAUACAAUAUUUUGGUAAAUAUACCAUUAUAAAAUGUA